AUGCAGAAAUUUAAGGCUUUAUUCAAGAAGAAAGUUACUGAUUUGGAGUCAGGUGUUGAUAAUAGUAAGAGCAAGAAGGAUACAAUGAUCGGAGCAGGUGACAGUACUAUGGUAGCGCCAGCGGAGCCUACCAAGUGGGAUCCGACGGUUAAUUCACAUGAUCUUAUUGGGUCGCUAGCUAAAGAGUUGACUGCUGUUGCUGAUACCCCUAUCCCUGUUGAUAUGGGCCAUCUAGAUAAUGUGAAGGAGGAGCAGGUCGAAGGUACUAGCGAGUAUACCGCUGAGUCGCACUCUUUUGACAACGGCUCUUUGGAUCAAGGUUCGCAGCUGUCCUUCGAUGGGGAGUACGAUGUCGAAGAGGACUACGAAGAGGAGGACUCUGAGGAGAUCGAAGAGCAGUUUACAAACACGCCGCUGAGGUUUGCUGAGCAGGUCGAACUGAAGGGUUACAAGUUGAUAGAGAAGAUAGGUGAGGGUGCUUUCUCUAAAGUGUUCUGUGGUAUCCCCGACAAGAACAGCGAUAGCGCCUACUUGGCACGUAACUACAAGCAAGUUGCUGUUAAAGUUAUCAGCAAACAUGAUCUGGAUGUUUCUAAUAAGGAACAGCAGGCUAAGGACAAGAGGGCAGGUAGAGAUAAGCAGAAUAAUACGAACAGGAUGUCAUCCCGUGAACAAGUAAUGAAAGAAGUCAGGAUACACAAAGCUGUUGCAGCAGGGUGUCCGUACAUUGUCGGCUUUAUAGAUUUCCAAGAGACCAAGCAUUAUUACUAUCUAAUCCAGGAGCUGCUUGAUGGUGGUGAGAUAUUUAAUGAGAUUGUCAGACUGACCUACCUGAGCGAGGAUCUUUCUCGCCAUGUUAUAAAACAAGUUGCAUUAGCGGUACGCCAUAUGCACUCAUUGGGUAUAGUGCACCGUGAUAUUAAACCCGAGAACUUAUUGUUCAAGAGCAUCGAAUAUAUUCCUUCCAAGAAGCGCACUUUCAGAAAGAGCGACGACCCAGCCACCAAGGCCGAUGAAGGUGUCUUCAUUCCAACUAUCGGCGGUGGUGGUAUCGGUAUAGUGAAGCUCGCGGAUUUCGGGUUGUCCAAGCAGAUAUUCCAAAAGAACACUAAGACGCCAUGUGGUACCAUAGGGUACACUGCACCAGAAGUUGUCAAGGACGAGAAAUACUCCAUGCAAGUUGACAUGUGGGGGAUAGGUUGUGUGCUAUAUACCAUGCUGUGUGGGUUCCCACCUUUCUACGACGAGAAGAUAGACGUUCUAACCGAGAAGAUAAGUCGUGGUGAGUAUACAUUUUUGGAGCCCUGGUGGGAUGAGAUAAGCCCUGGUGCCAAGCACUGUGUGAAGAAGCUGCUAGAGGUGGACCCUCGCAAGCGGUACACCAUAGACGAGUUCCUGGCGGACCCAUGGCUGAACACGUUCGACACGUUCGCCAAGCGCAAGAAGAAGCUAGAAGAGGAAGAGGCACAGCAGAGACGUAUAAUGAAGCGCAAGAGGCGGAAGAACGUCUUUGAGAGGGACCCCUCGUUGCUAUACUCGCCUGCAGCUGUAGCAAUGAGAGAUGCCUUUGACAUAAGUAAUGCUGUACAAAGAGAAGAAGAGGACAAGAGGUUUUCCCCGGGACCAAGGAAACACAACCUAAGCGUACUGAACGAGUCCGACCUAGACGAGCCCUCCAACGAGAUAGUCGACGGUCUGGACGAGCAAAUGUUCCAGCUGAAACUAAACUCAUCCACUAUAAUAAAGAGACGUAAGGACGACCACAAGUCCCCAUUAGAGCAAGUAAUCACAUAA